UGAGUGAACAUCGUUUCCAGAAUAUCUCUUACAAAAUGAUUAAACAGCGAUAUGUAGCGGCAUUUAUGAUGCUUCUCUGUCUCGGUGUGACGUUUGCGCUUCGUAUUAGCUUUUCAUUGGUAUUGACACAAAUGGUUUACAUCCCAAAUGCCAGUCCAAAAAAUAAAACAGCUAUUUUAAAUGAUGUAAUCGUCUGUCCAACUAAUCACCGAUCGUCGACACCAAAUGAGACAAUAAAUUCGUUCAGGUCAGUUGAUGAUAGCAUCAAUAAUCGUUUUCAAUGGUCGCAAGAAUUACAAGGUUUAAUUUUGUCAUCGUUCUAUUGGGGUUAUUUAUUAUCGGAAAUUCCUGGUGGUAUUCUUGUUCAAAAAUACGGAGCAAAGUUGGUAUUGUUAGUCACAACUGUUCUAUCUGCUUUGGCUGUUGCUCUAACACCGAUCGCCGUAACUUAUGGGGAAGCUUAUGGAUUAAUGGCAACACGUGCUUUAGUUGGAUUUUUUCAAGGACCAUUACAUCCGUCUUUAUCUUCGUUUGGCAUUGCCUGGUAUCCAACUGAACAACGAGGUCGAUACUGUUCCAUCGUUUCCAUUGGAAUUCCCGCGGGUAGUUUCAUUUCAUCAUAUCUCGCUGGAAUCGUAAUAUAUCAAACUGGAAGAUGGGACAUCGUAUUUUAUUUUCUUGCUAUUGUUACUGUUGUGUGGUGUCUUCUUUUUGCUUUUCUAUGCUACGAACCACAAAAUCAUCCGUUCAUAAGUGCUAAAGAAAAGCAAUUUUUAAAAGAGCAAUCUAUUGGCGGCUUGGAAGCGGAUAGAAAAAAUAUUCCCCCUACGCCGUGGAGAGGGAUCAUUAAAAGUGCACCGGUUAUAGCUUUGCUUAUAAGUUCGGGAUUAUACAGUUGGGCAUUUUAUGUUGUAAACACUGAUUUACCAAAGUACCUAAAUGAUGUGUUGCAUAUUCCGAUUGAAAAGAAUGCUGUUUAUUCAUCUAUACCACGAAUAGCCAAUAUUGGUGUGUCUGUUUUAACGGGUUUCAUUAGUGAUUGGAUGCACGAGAAACGAGGCGUUGAUGUUACAACUGUUCGAAAAAUAUUUGCCGCUCUGUCAUCGAUAAUACCAUCGAUUUUUGCGAUAAGUGCCUCUUAUGCCGGAUGUGAUGAAGUACUGGUUGUGACUUUAUUAACCAUAUCUAUAGCUGCACAGGGCUUCAAUUCUGCUGGUACAAUUUUGAAUUUGUUUGAUUUGGCACCAAAUUACAUUGGUCCAUUGAACGGGAUCGUCAAUACUGUAUCAACAAUUGCUGCUCUUCUGGCUCCUUACAUGGUUGGCAUAUUAACACCUCAUGCAUAUUUAUCUGAGUGGCGUCUUGUAUUCUGGAUAACGUUUAUAUUACACAUUUCAAAAACAUUUAUAUUCACAAUUUGGGGCUCAGCCAAAGUUCAAGCAUGGAACGAACCGAAAAAAAUUGUCGACUAAAUUCAUUCUCAUAUAAAUUGUUUUCGUCUUGUUCUCGCCAUUAAUAUUCAAUUAAAUGGGUAAAAGCACACCGUAUCGACCCAGACACACUAAAAAUU